UUUUUUAAAUUCAGAUUGCCGGCAUGUUUUGGUGAUUUGAGACUGAGUGUCACACUGAUCUGUUAUUUUACAUGUUUUAAUGCGAGUAAAUUGUGAUUUUUCGUUUAACAAUGGCGCAUGCGCUCCUCCCCCUUUGAAACCGCCGCUAAUCCAAUGGCUGUUUGCGCCAGGAAGAGAGCACAGGGGUGUGGGAACGGAACGGAACAGGCUUGGACCACGUUUCUGCUUGAUCCCCAAAACUUGGAACCACCUCCAUUUAUUUAUUUGUGGAAAAGCUGCGCGAGCUCAGGUGGUUGCCUUAGCAAUGGACGGGGAGCCAGAACCAAACCCUGCCGAAGAAGAAGAGGCAGCAGGGGAGCGGGUGGAGCCCAUGGACGCCACUCCCUCCCCCGUGCCACCGACCGCAUCCCCCACGGAGGAGGAGGCUGGGGAGGCAGUUUCCAUGAUAACAGAAGAAGAGGAUGAAGCCACAAAGGAGGAGGGUGGCGUGGAGGACGAUGACGAUGUGGUUCUCGUAGGGGAGGAGGAGGAGGAGGAGGAGGAGGAGGAGGAGGAGGAGGAUCAGCCUUCUGCCACAACAAUCCCCCAAGACACGCCCAGCACAGACUGCCGAGAGCCGGCCGAGACAGCGGACAUGUCGGCGGCAAAGUCCACCCCGGCUUCUCCCGCAGCGUCCCCCGCCAAACCUCCCGCCACGGAAGCGGAGCCCAUCGUCAUCGAUGACGAGGAGGAGGACUCUGAGCAGAGAGACCCCGGAGAAGGAGGCUCCUCCUCCUCCUCCUCCUCCGAAGGGUCCCGCUCGCCGGCCGCACUCAGCAGCACCGAGCAGGAUUCGGAGAUCAAGAUUGCCAGCGUCACCACGCUGGGCUCCGGCACACAGAAGGGAGGCUCCGCCGAUGGUUCGCCGCCGCAUCCGGUGGACGUCCAGGAAGACAUGACGCUGGUGAUCACCUCGGUGACCUCACUGCAGGACGGAGCGGCGGCGGUCACGGAGGACGGUGAAGUGCAUGUGGAGGAGAACGGUCUGCAGAUCGGCAGCACGUUCAGCCUGAAUCCAGACACCCCGUCUGGUCGACCCACCGCCUCCUUCAACCCCGGGAGGGGCUCCGGGCCCGUGGGCCAGCUGGUUCAGAACGGAGACACGGGGACGCACAACAGAGCAGACUCGUGGAUCUCCCAGUCGGCUUCAGUCCCCCGCAACCAGAAACAGACGGGGGUCGACUCUCCGGCCUCCUCUCUGCCCAAACCUCCAGGCCAGUCUUCCUCGUCUACAUCCUCCUCAGGCUCUCAGCCUCAGCCCAGGACGGUGAAGGUGACCUGUGCCAACUGUAAAAAGCCUCUGAAGAAGGGCCAGACGGCGUACCAGCGUAAAGGCUCCACACACCUGUUCUGCUCCACCACCUGUCUGUCUGCCUUCUCACACAAGCCCGCCCCCAAGAAGAGCUGCACCAUGUGCAAAAAGGACAUCACGAACAUGAAGGGAACCAUCGUGGCCCAGGUGGACUCCAGCGAGUCCUUCCAGGAGUUCUGCAGCACCGGCUGCCUCGGAGCGUACGAGAACAAGCAGAACCCGCCCAAAUCGGGGCUCAAGACCAAAUGCACCGUCUGCGGGAAGCUCACAGAGAUCCGGCAUGAGGUGAGCUUUAAGACCGUGACCCAUAAGAUCUGCAGCGACACGUGUUUCAACGUGUACCGCCGGGCCAACGGGUUGAUCAUGAACUGCUGUGAGCAGUGUGGCGACUACCUGCCCAGCCGAGCGUCGGCCAACCACUUCCUGCUGGUGGACGGCCAACAGAAGCGCUUCUGCUGCCAGAACUGCAUCAGGGACUUCAAGCAGGCUCACAGUAAACUUGCGACCUGCCUGACGUGCAAAACGCUGAUCAAGACCGGCGAGGUUCUGCACAGCCUCGGAGCGGGCGGCACCAUGGGGUCCUACUGCUCCGUCAACUGCAUGAACAAGGGCAAGCUGGCGUCAACCUCCUUCAUCAACACAGAGCCGUCGUGUCACUUCUGUAAGAGGAACUCGUUGCCGCAGUACCAGGCCACGCUGCCGGAGGGAAACAUCCUCAACUUCUGCAGCUCUCAGUGUGUCACCAAGUUCCAGAACGCUUCUCUUCAAACGACCACCAACGGACAGACGGCGCUCUCCACAACGAACACCACCACCGUCCAGCUGAAGUGCAACUACUGUCGAGGAGCGUUCAGCCUGAAGCCCGAGACUCUGGAGUGGGAGGACAAAGAGUACCAGUUCUGCAGUAAGACGUGCUGCGAGGACUACAAGAAGCUGCACUGCAUCGUGACCUCCUGCGAGUACUGCCAGGAGGAGAAGACGCUGCACGAGAUGGUCAAGUUCUCUGGAGUCAAGAGACCUUUCUGCAGUGAAGGCUGUAAGCUGUUAUUCAAGCAGGACUUUAUAAAGCGGUUGGGUCUGAAGUGCGUCAGCUGCAACCACUGCAACCAGCUGUGUAAGAGAGGUCUGACCCGGCAGCUCGGCGGCAUGACGCGGGACUUCUGCAGCGAGGCCUGCUCCAAGAAGUUCAACGACUGGUACUUCAAGGCGGCGAGGUGCGACUGCUGUAAGGUUCAGGGGAACCUGACGGAGUCGGUGAUGUGGAGAUCAGAGAUGAAGCAUUUCUGUGACCAGGAGUGUUUGCUGAAGUUCUACUGCCAGCAGAACGAGCCCAUCAUGGUCACUCAGAAGGGCCCCGAGAACUCCACCCUGGGUUAUGAAAUGCACGGAGCCAAACUCGGGCUGGUGAACCAGGGCACGGUGCCGUACGCCGGCGGAGGUUUGAUGAGAGACGUCAAGAACAAGGCGGUGCUCUGCAAGCCGCUCACGCUGACCAAGGCCACUUACUGCAAGCCGCACAUGCAGAGCAAACUCCUCCAGACAGAUGUAGACGAUGGUGUGAAGAGGGAGUAUAUUCCUGUACCCAUACCCGUGCCUGUCUUCAUCCCCAUGCCCAUGAAUAUGUACUCUCAGCUCACUCCCACUCCAGUCUCUCUGCCUGUUCCGAUCCUCGUCCCCCUGUUCCUGCCCACCACCCUGCAGGGGGCGGAGCAGAUCAUCCAGACCAUCAAGGAGCUGAAGAACGAGGCCGACCUGCUCUCCAUGGCUGAGAUGAUUGCAGAGGACCAGAAGCCAGACGUGAAGCUGGUGACGGUGAAGACGGAGCGCAGAAUGGAGGCCUCCAGCAGCAGCGCUGAGGAAGAGGAGGAGGAGGAGGAGAAGCAGCAGCAGGAGGAGGAAGAGAAGCAGCAGCAGGAGGAGGAAGAGAAGCAGCAGCAGGAGGAGGAAGAGAAGCAGGAGGAGGAAGAGAAGCAGGAGAAAAAGGAGGAAAAGGAGAAGGAAGAGGACAAUUACGAGCCCGACCUGGACCUGGAGGCGGACUUCCCUCAAGCCUCAGACCCUGUCCCAGUCCUGGAGGGGAUGGACGAGGACAUGGGCUUCUCUCUACCUCUGGUCCUGGCUGAGGAGUCGGAGGAGUCGGCACCUCGACCGCAAUCCAGGAGACAAGGGAACAAGAGGCGGGCGUUGGAGGAGGGCUCAGAUCAGACCUCGUCCACUUCCUCUCAUCCCACAGACCGACACUCGGAAGGACGGUCGCUACCUCUCAGAGCUCGCUACGGCGUCAACGCCUGGAAACGCUGGGCGCUGUCUCCUUCUGACCAAUCAGAAGACACCAAAGUAAAGGACGGCUCCAAACCUGCCCGGUCUAAAAGUAACCUGUUGUCGCUGAGUUCAGAGGAGCUGAACGUGGCUCUGUCGAGGUUUGUCAGGGAGGUGUGCCGGCCCAGCGGAGAGCGCUACUCUCCAGACAGCAUCCUCUACCUCUGUCUGGGGAUCCAGCAGCAUCUUCACACCAAAGGCCGGACGGAUGACCUGUUCAGUGACUCGAGUUACCGGCAGUUUGGAGAAGAGCUCAACAAGGUCCUGAAGGACUGGCAGCCCAGCGUGCUCCCUGAUGGCUCCCUGUGGGGUCGAGUGGAGGAGCAGAGUCUGUGGAGCAGCCGGCAGCUCGGCGAGCAGAGUCCGGCCGCUCUGCUGCGCUCGCUGGUCUACCUGAACACCAAAUACUUCGGCCUGCGCACCGUGGAGCAGCACCUCCGCCUCUCCUUCGCCAACGUCUACGGGCCCGACACCGUCCAUCCUGUCACCAAGGAGCCGGCCGUCUGCAUCCGCGUGCCUUCCAUCUCUCAGGACCACCACGUGCAAAGCGAGUCGCGGAAGAGGAAGCGUACUCUGGAAGACGGCGAUCAGGACUACGAACCGGACGAGGACUCAGGAGGCUCCAGCGUUCGAUGCCCGGUGAAGAAGCACGAGUGUCGCCUGUACGACCUCUACAGGUCCAAGUGCCCGGCCUUGUUGCGGGAGCGUCUGGACGUCUUCUACGUUCAGCCGGAUCCGUCCUGCGGUCCCGACGACCCGCUGUGGUUCAGCUCCACGCCGCUGGAGCGACAGCUCCUGCAGAGCCUCCUCACCAGAGUCCUCCUGGUCAGAGACGUUUACACGGACAAACACCACCUGGACGAGGAGGAGGAGGAGGGGGAGGAGGGGGAGGAGGAAGAGGACGGGGGAGAAGCAGCUGGGGGAGAGUAGCGGCCGCUUUGACUUCCGUUAGCAGAACUCUGAACUGUCGGCCGGGUGGGAGGAGGAAGAGGAGGAUAGUGUUUCCUCCUCCCUCGUCUUUAUCCCUCCUCCUCACUGACUUGCUGUCUCCUCCUGGUGAGGAUGAUGAAGGUGGUGAUGAAGAGCAGCCCGAACUUCUACUUCAGCUGACAGAGAGAGGUCGUAAACCAGAGGACGAGCACAAAAGAGUCCUUUUUUUAAUAAGACGAUGAGUAAAAGAGGCGGAGCUGCAAUUUAAUAAACGAUAUUUAAACUUUUAACACACGAUCACGCUUUAACAAAGGUCAUUAGUGGCCACAAGGAGGCGAAGGGACAGCUGUGUCCUCUACGCUUCACCACCUCCUCGCCACCUUUCUGUGGAUGAAGAGAGGAGAGAGCAACUUAACCAGAACCGCGACCCCCCCCCCCC